GGCUGGUGGAAUAAAAAGUUUUAAACACUAAACAACACAACAUACUUUACAACAAAACAGAUUUACCAAAUUUACCGUAAAGUUGUAUUUAUGCUAUUUCAGUUUUAAAAGUAUGGAAGGUAUUUGCAGAGGCUGUUUACUUAAAUACAAUGAUUCAGAGUUUAACACAUAUUCUGAAAAGAACAGGAGACUGUUUGUUUAUUCAACCGGCAUCCAGGUGAAGAGAAAUGAUGCUUUCACAUUUCAGCUCUGUAAAACAUGCUAUUCUUGUAUGAAAAUAUCAUGUAAUUUUAAGAAAUCAUGUAGAACUUCUGAUAAGAAGUUGAAAAACUUUUUGUAUUUGAAAGAAAGUGGUGACAGUGUUGAUUUCAGUACAUUCCUAGUUAAUGACGAUUCUUCCAAAAUCAGGUACCCAAUAAAUGAUCAGUAUGAAACACUAAACUUUAAUAAAAACAAAGAUGAUGACAAUGUAUCAACAUCAACAAGCAUUCGUAAUUUCAUGAAGGACAUCCUCCAAGGCGAUGAGAUACCAGAUAAUGAGGCUCGUAUCAUCAGUGAAGUUAUAAAGGAAGAAGCCGAUAUAUCUGAUAAUUCACUAGACUCGCAUUGGCUGCAGGAUGAUGUUUCGGUUGAUACGGAAUUUAGAUUGGAUUUUAGCUUCAGUCCAUUUUCAACUCCUCGGUCAAUUAUAAACGAUCAUUGUUACACAUCUCAACAAACAAAUCAUGAAGAUAAUGAACAAACUUAUACCAAAGGAAAAUCAACUUCCCCUGACGCCAUUUGCACAGAACAAAACGAAUUUAACAUAGAAAAUGACAAAAAUCAAGAAGAUGAUGUGAAUUUUGUAAAUAAUGUACAAAAUAGAUGUGUUAUUGAUAAAAAUUUGGAGAAUGCUUUGAAAAAUGAUGGGACUGAUAAUUUUUCGUUGGAUGCUAUAUUGGCUACUCCUCCAAUGAUACCAAAUGCAUGGGCACCAUCAACACCUACUAUAAACAAUAUACUGUUUGGUGAAAAACUUGAAGAUGUUCACAAAUCAGGACAUAAUAUAGAGAAAUUCGAAGAAGUGGAAGGCACAAUCAAUGUUUUGGAUGAAUUUAUAACAUUAAAAGAUUUUACAAACGAUUAUAACCAAGAAAUUGAAAUAUCAAAUCAGGAAACUCCAGAAGAUGUUAAUUUAGUACAAGAUAAAAGUAUAGAAAGUGUUAAAUCAAAUCAUGAAUCAACUCAAAAUCAAAGUGAAGAUUCUAAUCAAAUAGAAACAAGUGUAAAUGAACCAGAAAAAUAUAUACAAGAAUCAAAUGUAGUUUUUAAAAAACCAUUAUCGCCUAUAGAGAAUAAGUGUUCUAUAGAGGAAAAGUAUUGUAAAAUGUGUGAUUUGAAAUUAAAAACCGUUAGAGGUCUUCAGUUACAUAUGAGUAAAACGCAUAAGUUAAAAGUCCUUGUAAAGUCUCAGUUUAAGAAAGAACUCAUGAUCUGUGAUUACUGUGGGAAAACAUUUUCUUCAAAGAAAGAGUUCUUCAUAAAACACAUUGCGUUACAUAUGAAUCCUGAUUUGUAUCGCUGUAAUAUAUGUUCAUUAACAUUCAGUACGGAAGGACGGCUUAGAAUGCAUCAAUCAACACACACUGGAGUUGUAUCUAAGAAACCCGUAGAAAAGAAAUUCAUAUGUUCAAUUUGUGGAGCGUGUUGUUCAACAAAUUCCAAUUAUGUACUGCAUUUGCGGAGACAUAGCGGCAAUUAUCUCUGCAAGUGCGAAGAUUGUGGCGCCGGCUUCUAUAGGAAGGGUGACCUUGCUGUACAUAUGAGAAGUCACACAGGAGAAAAGCCCUUUAAAUGUAAAUAUUGUAUUAAAGAUUUUGCAAGACACGCCACGCUCAAUAAACACAUGAAACUUCAUACAGGGGAGAAGCCUUUCGCCUGUAAGUUUUGCGGUAAAAAAUUUACAACUUCGUACAAUUUAAAUGUACAUCAAAUGAGAUCAGUACAAUGUAUGCAGAUACAAGAAAAGCUGGCAUUUUCAGACGUCCCGGUGGAAAACUGACUAUAACUCAGAUUUUUUUAUUGUGAUAUUAGAAAACUAAGAAAAUAAAUCAUUAUUGAUCAUG